CCCGAAAGGGACUAAGCCCCACCCACCACUCUUUUUCCACCCAUCUAUGCGACUGGCCAGCUCUUGUUUUGGUGGCUGUAGGCAUUUGCGGAUCCAUUCCUGAUGGAACGAGUCUCCCGCGGCAGCACUUCGGACCUCUCCAAGAGCAGUGAAGGUACUCCACGAAACAGGCAAGAUUGUUGCGGUUGAAUUGCUGUGCCACAGCCUUGUGGAAACCGGCAACCAAGAAGAAAGGACAAUUAACUUCGCGUCGAUUAAGAAGAUUGUUCCGGGCACAAGCGCCUUUAAAAACGCACAAGCACUUAAGGCGUCUCAAAAGGCAGCACUGAAGGCCCAGGAUGCGGCUAAAAGGAAAGCUGCCGUUGACAAGUGGUUCAAACAGUUCGGAAGCGAUGAAUUCCUGUUUACAGCUGCGCUCCCCUCUUGGGCCGGAAAGAAAAUGCACCCCGACAAAGUCCGAGAAUACUUCGCUUCGCUUGGCAAGUCGGGCGAUGACGUCAGUAUGAUCGUCAAGCGUUACGACAAUUACCGCCAAACAAUACCCACGAAGAAGUAGAAUUUUACGCACGCCUCACCCGAAGACCACACGAUUGUCGCUAGUAGAGAGCUACAAGUAGUUCAACAGCUGAAGUUCGUUUUGAACUCCCCUCUUUGUCCCAUUUUUCAGUGUUUGUGUAGCGACAGAAGAAAAUAAAAGCAACUUGAAUACGAGACCCGUAUUAUUCUGGUGCAGGUUA